UUUUAACGGCAAAAUAAAAAAUAAUAUAUUGUGUUUACGUAUCGAAUUUAGUGCGGAUGAAUGUCGUGCUAGCUUCGCAUAUGUUCGAUUUUGUUGUUUUCGGAGGAAGAGCGAAUCCUGUGGUGAAUCCUGUGGUAGCUUCACACUAGUAUAAAAACGUCUAGCCUCAGGCUUUAUCAAACGCGCGGUCAAGAUCCUUCGCGGAAAAUAUAAUUUCAUUUCACAAGUCAAAUUUUGUACAUUUCAAGCUUUAGAAUUGAUUUUUUUCAACGUUUCAAUGUUCUUGAAGCAAUUCUUUACGAAGUUCAGAACCUGGUCUGACUCAUGUUGUGAACUGUUCAUGCAAAGUUAUUGCAAUCGUACCUCAUAUGAUCGACAGGCAAUAUCCCCAUAUACGCGACUGCUGAAUGUUUUCAAAUCAUGAGGUGGAUUCGACCUGAGGAAGCAUUCGAGAACUUUUAAUUCCUUGAAGGGAUGUAUGACUUACUGGUACAAGGAAAAGAAUACAUAACUAAAUUUGAUGGCGCACUCAUCUCGUGCGAAGCCUUAUGUCGUUGAAAUUCAACGUCACUACUACAGCGAUGACUUGAGCAGGAGGGAAAGGAAAGGACAUCCUAUUGGACCACAAGUUAGCCCCAAUGUUUACCCUUUUGUUCCUAGUACAAGGAAAUCCUUCGACAAACGGACACCUGGACGUGCACCGAUGUCCUCCUCCCGUUUCAAUAGAGGCUCCUUAGAGUACGAAGAUAUAUAUAAUCAAAGACACGCUAGUGGGAACUCUCAUCUUAAACACCAUGGAAGGUGGUCGUUCAGGGAUGAUGGUGAACAUGGCAGGGUAAGAGGCUACACAAGACGUCCCUCGAAAAGGAUUGCUCAUCCCACUGAAUUAAAACAAAUGAAUGGCGAUGUAGAACAUAGCAGGAUAAAUAACAACUUAAGGGACAUUUCAGACUCAAGGGAUCAAAACAGGACAGUAGGUGAUAAGGAUAUUCCAAUGAGGGCAAACUACACGAUGGGACAGUCAACUGAGAGCCGUAAGGGUCCUAAGGGAUCUGCUUGGGAACAAAAGAAGGUGAAGAAGGACAGUAAAGAGAAUCAGCGUCAAGAUUUAGAGCUAUGGAUCGUUAGGCAGACAUCUUUUCCUAAAAAGCAAGAUGGGGUGGAGAAUACGUCAGGCCAGAAAGCUUUUAGGAGUAGCAAUGUGUCACAUUCUAAAUUGAUACCACCACUAGUAGCGGCCAAGCCUUCUCGUCCCCAAACCUCACGGUCAGCAUCACCUGCCUCGAGUGUUCGAUCCAAUCAAAGUGUCGCUAGCAGUCACGUGUCACAUCAUUCUGCGAGAUCUGGCACUAGUGAGGUUAGCGUGAAAUCAAUUCUUAAAAAACCGAAACCAGCUGGCCGCGUUGUCCUGAAGGAGGAGCCAUCUUCGUAUAGAUUAUGUGCUAUUCUAUCGUGUAUCUUAUGUUUUCCCUUCGGAAUUUACGCACUCGCAAAAUCAAGACAGGUAAAUGACGCGGUGGGAGAAAGCGACUAUGAAGCUGCUUUAUCAUCCUCAAAGAAAGUAAAAAAUUUUAGCAUUGGCGUGCUACUGGCCUAUAUAGGUAUGUUAGCUGUUGCUGGAGCGUUACUUGGUUUAUAUUUUAGCACAGGAAAAAUACUUUAAUUUUUUUAUAAACCAUCAUAACUGCACAAAGCCAUUUAUUUAGUCUUUGACACCCGCGAUGCCUGCACUGUAAAUUCAAAGCUUUAUCAAUUUCAUUUGCACCAGGCAGUUAAAAGCAUGUGAUAGCGGUUUUAAAGCAGCACCGCUCGCACUGUACUGAAAUAGUUAGAUUACUAAACACACACACAUAACUCGAAUAUUGAUCAGUCUUGGAACAAUGAGACACCUGAACGCCCGAAUAUGGAACAAUGAGACACCGAAACGCGCAAGUAUAGAACAUAAAUAAUAGAAUUGUUGCCCACAUGCACGUGUCUAUAUAAAUUACUACAUUCGCAGGAACAUCUUGAAUUAUGAAAACUAAUAUAUAAUGCUGUCAUUAGCUCCAUAGUCGUAAGUUCAGGAUCGAGGGAUUUUAUUUAUAUAUACAUUUAUAUAUGCAGUGUGCUUUUAAGAUUGAAAAUACUCAAUAUCUGCAUGCUCUCAACAAGUUCACAUUCCAAACUAAAAAAAACAGCAAAAUAUACGGGAACAUAUGCAACUAUAUAUUUUCUUUUUGAAAAAAUGUUCAGUGCCGGAUCGUUUUAAGCGAUUAUCUCAAGUAUUUAAUUACAAAAUCUGUUUGCGUGUGUUUGUUCAACUGUGGUCAAAAAGGAACACAAUAUUGCGUCUACGCGGGCAAUAAAACAACGUAAUAAAAACCUUAACAAAGCAGGAAUUAUAGCGUUUAGGAAUUAGGACAGCUGUGAGUAAGUUAUGUUUAUACAUACGAUGGUGUUUAUUUAAACUAUAGAUUUGAAAGUCUCUGAGGCUAUCCCGACAUUAGUCUAUUUGAACAUAUGAUAGCGGGUCUUCCAUGCAGUAAAUAUCAUAUCUUUUCAAAAGGUAUUCACGUUCAGUGUUAGUUAAAUAUUUAUCAGUUCAUAUAUCCGCAUAGAUUUAGCAGUUUGUGAAUUUUAGUCUAAUACAUACAUAUUAAAGAUCAGAUAACUACAAGAACCUAUUUUAAUUUGAGAAACCUCAAACGGCUUAGCUAUCAAAUAGAAUUGCUAGAAUUUGUGCCCUGUUAAAUGAAUGUAUUUUCACGUACUACUACAAUAAUAUCAAAUUAUGUUUGAUACGCCAUUGGUUGUAUGAGUUUUAAGGCAUUAUUAAUAAUCCAGUCUGAAGUCAUCAUGAAAAAUUUCGUGCAUAAACUAUUUAAUAUAAAUGUCUCUCCUAUACUAUUGUUAGUAAUGUUUACGCACCUGGUUCAACCGGAUAUGAAGCUCUAAAUUUAUACCUUGAUAAAAUUAUUACCUUGAAGUCAAAUAUUCUUUAUGAUAGGAUACCAAAAUUGCUUGCAUGAAUGAGGCUCUAAAAUUAAGCCGUACCUAAAACACUCACUUCGGAAUCCUUUCCAAACGAUAUUUAAGUUAACGCGUACGAAGUGUGUAAUUUUACUGAAAUUCACUGAGUAAGUUUUUAAAGGUUUUAAUGAAGUUAAAUCUCUUUUGUGCAGAGCAUUUUUUCCCUUUAUUCCUCAAUCUCUUAGCAGACUAUCGCAUAUUUCCUGCGCUAGUUUACGUUGAAAUCAAUAAACAAAUCUGCAAACACAGAAACACUGUCGCAUCUUUAUUUCUUCUUAUGAAUUUUAAUAAGCUAUUAGUUGAAUCAACAUAAAACGUGCGUCUCCUAAGGAGACGUGGUAGUUAUAACACCAUCUAGAGAGUGAGCUGGUGUAUACUGCAUGCAAAGCCACGAGAAUAGUUCGUGUGUAAAGAGACAAAAGUGGAACGAAAUGUACCCCGUACCAUUCUCUCUCUUGGAUAUUAUCCGUUUUUGCGAAUUUCUUGAAAAGGAUGGGCAGAUUGAUCGCCUGAGCAGAUUCCUAUGGUCCUUGCCAUCGUCGAUCAAGGGAAUUUCCAGCUCCGAAGCGAUCGCCGUCUUUCGUGCAGUUGCCGCGUUUCACACUGGCAAUUUCCACGAAUUGUACCGUAUCUUGGAAGGACGGCAGUUCUCUGAAAAAUUCCACGAAAAGUUACAACGCCUCUGGUAUAAGGCGCGCUACGUGGAAGCCGAGAAAUCUCGGGAGAGGUCCUUGGAUGCAGUGGCUAAGUAUAGAAUUCGAAGAAAGUUUCCAAGUCCAGGAACCAUUUCGAAUGGCCGAGAGAAGAGCUAUUGUUUCCAGGAAGAUACGAGAAAGCUUUUGAACGAGGCUUAUAACCUGAAACCGUAUCCGACACUGGAAGAGAAAAAAGAAUUAGCAGAGAAGACAAACUUGACAGUCACACAAGUCAGUAACUGGUUUAAAAAUAAACGGCAACGUAUCAGAAUGACAAAACAACGAAGAAGCGACCUGAAAGAACCUUGGUCAAUGAUAUUUAAUUCAGCGUACAGCUCGUAUUUCAUGUGUGAAAGAAACUACGGAAGCUGUUCACAGAAGUUUUCACCAAAUUUCACCGUUGCACAUCAUGAUCAUGUUCCAGCCAGUUCAUCGGAUACGUUACAAUACUGUACAUGUCCAUUGCCAUCCAUAAACUUUGCAUCAAAUUUUCCCGCUUCACUUGCUUCGAUUGACCGUCCAUAAUGUGGCUUUGCGUAAAGUCUGGUUUCCAUUUAGUCUUGUGAGCCAGUCAUUCACACCAUAGUCCGACUGAAUAGAAAGAGUCUUAGUAGAAUAAGCUGAACAAUCGUAUAUAUAAUGAUCGCUUUUCACUAGAGACACUUGCGAUGACGUUUAUGAUCAAUAUCAUUAUAGUUUGUAGCUAAAGUAGACGAAAGUAUUUGUACAGAGUAUUUGUAUUUCUUCCUGCAAAAUUGUACGUCUGAGGCCUGUUGUACAAAGCCCGUUUAGCUUAAAUAGGCCGUGGAAAAAAAGUAUAUUUAUCACGCGGAAGAGGUUUUUUGGACAUGAAUACAACAAUUUUGUUUACAACAACAUAUAGCAUACACGAUUUACGUCGACGUUCAAUCGUAAAUCCUAAAUGCACGAAUUUUAUUAUUGAGAUUAGAUUAGGAUCAGGAUUAGAUGAAUCAGGAUAAUCGUAAUCAACCAUAAUCCUAAUCUAAGACCUAACACUAAUCCUAACCUAAUCUGAAGAGUCAAAUCCGUGUAUUUAGGAUUUAUUGAACGUGGAGUUUUUACCGUUUCAUUCAAGAUAGAUAAAUGUCGAGAUUUUUUUGUUGAUAGGAAGUCGAUCGGAAAUUAUAGACUUUUCAGACCAAAGUUUACGUAUAUACAGGGUGUCCCAAAAAAAAAGCAACCACUUAAAUAUGCAGAACAUUA